AACAGAAAAAAAAUGUAAAAAAGAUUAAGAGCUAUCCUCUACCGUUAUCUUUUGUACUUCUUAAUAAUCUUAUUGACUAUUAUGUUAAAGACAAGCAGUUACUUAUUUACUAUCCUCCAGAAUGCGUUGGCCCACCAGUACAAAUUUAUCAUGAUGUUUUCACUGAAAUAUACUACAGUGAACAUAAACGUUCUAUAGUGUUUAAAGAAAAAAUUCAUAAAUUAUUUGGUAAGGAAUUAAGAAUGAUUAGCCUAGAAGAUGAUUUUAAAAAUGAUGGUAUAUUGGAAUCUAACGUCUUUUCAAAAAGUGUUUUACGCUUUCUUGUUGAAAUAAAAAAUGAAAUUGGCACUAGUAGCUGUGAUCCAACUAUCCAGGCUAGUGCUUCUUUUGCAAAAUAUUAUACCCAAAAGACAUAUGGGAAACUUUAUACCUCUUAUUUCUACAAACAAUCAAGCCCAUGUAGAGCGAGUGACACAACUUUUCAAAGCUUUGUGCUUGAGAGUCAACAGGCUAAAAAUACAAUCGUAGAAUUUAUAUAUGAAGAAAAACUUGUUGAUCACAAGCUUCAUUGGAGAGCCAUAACAAAAGAUGAGCAGAAAAUUAUUGUUAAGUUUGCGUGGCAAUAUAAUCGUAGAGUACACAAACUAUGUUACGAAAUUGGAAAAGCACCAAAAUUACUCUAUAUUAGCAAAAAGAUGGUAGACAGUUUCUAUAUGGUAGUGAUGAAUUAUGUUGAGGCAGAAUCACUUUAUAACUGUAGCUUACUUAGUUGUGAUAAAUAUAAGGCGAUUUUAAGGGAUGUCAAAGAUGCUAUUGACAAAUUGCAUAAGGAAAGUAUAGUCGGUAAAGAUAAAAUUGAGUAUUACCCAUCUUUUAUGAAUCAUAAACAUAUUAAUUGGCCACCAGAAGCUGAAGAUAGGAAGAAGCUAAGUUGUAAACAUGAUAUUUAUUGGUUGGAGCUGUUGAAAUCUAAAUUCUUGGGUGAGAGUGUAGAUCUAGAAUGA